AUGAACCAAAUCAUCCGUUCAAGAUCCGUCGCUAACUCCGCCGUGAGGUCCCUCAGCAACCUCCGUCAAUCUUCCGCACUUCUCCAGUCUCCGCUACUCUCCGGCGCCACCGCAACCGCCAACACCACCCCCGUCCGCCAUUACAGCUCUCCCGGUCAACCUUUCAACAGCUACCAAAUUAAGCCGCCGACGAACUGGGGAAUCCGGAUUGUGCCGGAGAAGAGGGCGUGCGUGAUUGAGCGUUUCGGUAAAUACGUAAAGACUUUGCCGUCGGGGAUUCACUUCCUCGUUCCGCUUGUGGAUCGUAUCGCUUAUGUUCAUUCUCUCAAGGAGGAAGCGAUUCCGAUUGGGAAUCAGACUGCGAUUACGAAGGAUAACGUUAGCAUCCACAUCGACGGUGUUCUAUACGUCAAGAUUGUAGAUCCUAAGUUGGCCUCAUAUGGCGUUGAGAAUCCGAUCUACGCUGUUGUACAGUUAGCUCAAACAACAAUGCGUAGCGAGCUCGGGAAGAUUACUCUUGACAAGACGUUUGAGGAACGAGACACGCUCAAUGAAAAGAUUGUGGAAUCCAUCAAUGUUGCUGCAAAAGAUUGGGGUCUCCAGUGCCUUCGUUAUGAGAUCAGGGACAUCAUGCCUCCUAAUGGAGUGAGGGUUGCUAUGGAAAUGCAAGCUGAAGCUGAACGUAGAAAGAGAGCCCAGAUCCUCGAGUCUGAAGGAGAACGCCAAGCCCAUAUCAAUAUCGCUGAUGGUAAGAAAAGUUCUGUGAUCUUGGAAUCAGAAGCUGCAAAGAUGGACCAAGUCAAUCGAGCAUCCGGUGAAGCAGAAGCAAUAUUGGCUAGAGCACAAGCAACAGCCAGGGGUCUUGCCAUGUUAUCUCAGUCCCUCAAGGAAACUGGUGGAAUGGAGGCUGCGGGUAUGAGAGUUGCGGAGCAAUACAUUCAAGCUUUUGGCAACGUUGCUAAGCAGGGUACAACGAUGCUGCUUCCGAGUAUGGCUGCAAAUCCAGCUAACGCGAUCGCUCAAGCUCUAACAAUGUACAAAAACCUCGUCCCCAAUGGUGGUUCCCUUGCAGCUUCAGCAGUAGAAGAAACCUCUGGCAACAACAAGGCUUAA